AUGGCGACACCGAAAAGUCAGCGUUGGAUGGUAGAUUCGGGGAUUUUACGUAAAAAAAAUGGUGAAGAGGAACCACAGGAGCUGUUGGUGUUUGGAUAUAGCUGCAAAUUAUUUCGAGAUGAUGACAAGGCGAAAAUGAUUGAUCAAGGAAAGCAUUUGAUACCAUGGAUGGGCGAUAGCACGUUGAAAAUAGACAGAUACGAUGGACGCGGCGCGCUGGGGGACUUACGGAUAUACGAACCACCAACAGGUGGGUUCGAUCAACGAACAAUUCUGACGGAAGACGAACUGAAAGUGGAACAAUUAUGCGACGAAGAACGUUAUCGGUCCCUGUACAACAACGAAAUCGAGGAUUCUGUGUAUCAGGAGGAAGAAAUGAAAAGAUUGCAUCAAGCACUGGAUUCGGAGACCACGUACAGUCAGGUGGCGUACGAUUACAACGAGGAAGCGAAUGGUUCGAAAAUGGCGUGCGACGAUUCGCAAAGCCCAAAACGAUCGGAAGGUUCCCAGGAGGAGGAUCAGGCGUUCGUCCCACCUCCAGAGCUGAACAUUCCAGAGGGUAUUUCACUGCCGGAAACGCAAAAGCUGAACGCCAUCAUAACGAAAACGGCGUUUUUCAUAAGUCGUCAAGGGGGCCAAAUGGAGAUUCUGAUAAAGGCGAAACAGGCGAAUAAUCCACAGUUUUCCUUCUUGUCGAUAGACGGACGGCUUCAUCAAUAUUACAGAUUCAUACUGGACGCGAUCAAAUGUGGAAAAUACAAUCCUGAAAAACAGCCCGAGAAGGAAGAAUCUGAACACGAAGAAGAGUCGGAUCAAGACGACGAACCGUAUCUUCAUCCGAGCUUGGCACCGUCGUUCACCAAGAUAGAAGCGGCCCCCAGUAUUCCGAGUAUACAGUACAAACCAUCGGCGGACUGUGCUUAUUCGAUGCUGGUAAAUAAAAUAACGGGAAAACCGCCGCCUUCGAAAAUACCUACGCAACAUGUCGAAAGCACGAUUCAACCGACGGCUACUACAGGAUAUUAUCAUCCCGUGGUAGGACAGGGCUACGGCCCUUAUGCAACCACACCUGUGCAGUAUUCCCAUGGACCGGUGAUAUACGGACCAAACGGGCAGAUCCAAUCGACCCUCCAAAUCACCGCAGUGAACGUUUUAUCGUGUGCAAACGAGCCGAUCGCGACGCAUGUGAACGAGUCGUCGUCGCAGCCACCGUUGGUACCAUACGGAUCCACGCCUCAGAAGCAAUUGAGCAGACCUUCCUUUAUCGUUCCACCGGCGGACGUGCAGAUAAUUAUCGACAAAAUGGCUAGUUACGUGGCGAAGAACGGUAGAGAUUUCGAGGCGAUCGUGAAAAAUAAAGGCGACCCGCGAUUCAAUUUUCUGGAAUUGUCGCAUCAGUAUCACGGCUAUUACGCGCACAAAUUGACGAUAUACGAAGGCGCUGUGAAUCCAAGGGUGUUGACGGAGGAAGAGUUGUUACAGAAACAAGAGCCGCAAGAGGAGAAACAGAAGAAGCUGGAAGAAUUGCAAAAGAAGCAACAAAGAAUGGAGGAAGUGCAGAAAAGGGUGAAGAUGAUACAAGCGAAGAAGAAGUGCGAGCCAAGGGCGAAACAAGGAUCGACGGCAAGCACGACGGAGGGAGGAACGAAGCAGGUGACGACCGUGUCUUUCUCAAUUAAGAAGCCAAAGGACGGAGAGAGCGGUGUAAUCGAGAAGCGAAACGCACUGCCGUUGGAGGAGAGCGACGACGACGACACGAUGGAGGCGGAGAACAAAGAUGGAAACUCGAAGCCGAGCUCGCCGCAACACUCUACGAGCGAACAACAACAGAACACGGCGAGUAGCUCGGCGAGCGUUCAUGGAAUGUCUGGAACGAUGCUGGAGAAAGAGGGUGGAACGUCGUGGAAGUGUGAGAAAAAGUCUAAGAACGAGGAAAAGGAACUGCUGGUGGAUCUUACCGAUGAAAUUUUGGAGGACUGUCAGAAAGAGAUUAGGCACAAGCAGGCAGAAGAUAGAAUCAAAGACAAACUGGUGGCGGCAGCGCGAGACAAGCUGGCUGCUACGUCGAGAGAGAGGCAGCUUCAACUGGAAAGGAAGAAAAAGGCGGCUGCAUUUUUGAGUCAGAUACAGAGUUCUGUGUUAUCGAAAGCUGGUGGUGGAGCGACGGCAGGUGCGUGUACGGGCUCUGGCUCGGGCUCUGGCUCGGGCUCUGGCUCGGGCUCGGUUAUCGCGAACCACCAGGGACCGAGGAAAGACGAUUCAGACGAGGUGCACUCAGUACCGUCGCCAUCGCCCUCGCCAUCCUUGGACGACGCGAAAACCUCUUGCGACUCGAGGACAAUCGGUGGAAACUCGUUGAUGGAUAGGCUGAAGAGCGCAGACCUGACCGGCAAGAGAUCAAGGCCGCGAUCGAGAAGUCCAAGUGGAAGUCGAAGUUACAACGAUAGACAAAAGUUUCACAAGAAACACAAAAAGAAGAAGAGCUCUCACAGAAGCAGCCAUGACAGUCCGAGCAGUUCUCGAUCGCACAGAUCCAAGAAGAGCAAGAAGUCCUCCUCCUCGAAGCACAGAUCACCGUCUCGAACAUCGUCACGAAGACAUCAGCAUAGCGCGCGACGAAAGGGGAGCAAUUCUUCCUACUCGGAUUCGAGUUCAUCUUGAAAGCGUGUUGCUCUUAUUUCAAAUACCUUGAUACGUGUCAAACUGUAUAUACACAUAUACAAUAUCUACAAACACGCGCGCGCGCAUAACCAGGCGCACAUAUGCACACGCGCCGGUACAAGAGUGUAUAUAAGUAUGUAUGCGUGCGUGGGCGUGUCGUCUAAUUAACGCGUCGACGAUAAUUUGAAUACAACUUUUGUCCAAGAAAGAGAGGGGGAGAGAGAGAGAGAGAUGGAGGGAAGGAGGGAGGGAGAGAGAAGAAA